UGCCUUCGUUGAUCCUCGAACGAGACUCACGACGAACGUGUGCACGCGCAAGUUAAAUUUUAAAAUUCGAAUUAUCAAAGUGAAUUCCAAUUGAUUAAAUACUUUGCGUGAAGAUUGUGAUGUUCGAAGUAUUGUGAUAUUUCAAUAUAAUGAAGUUUAGCCAGGGAAUUGUAUCAUACGUCCGUGACCUGCUGCCUACCUCUACCUUUCCCUGUCUCUGUGAUCCACUGAACCGUAGAGAUCCUUUCAACCAUCACACUGUGACCCCACGUUUUCGCCCUGUUGCACUUUAUUUAAUACGUACGAUACGAUUUACAAAUAUUCAGAAGUGAUAAUGACGAGAAAAUUCCUAUUUUGUUUUCCCCUGCGGCUUGGAAAUAUCGUAUUUGGUUAUAUUGUUGUUAUUAUAAGUUUAGCGGUAGCAGCCUUCCAUUUAUACCUCCUUGCGUUAAACAUUAUUUCCAAAGAUGAUACUCACGAAGACAAAUUCAACAAUUUCGAAAAACUCGAAAGUAUAUUUGGCGAAGACAAAAAGGACCUAGUCACUAUUGUCAUAAUGAUAUAUUACUUAACAUAUAUCAUAAUUGGACUUUUAUUAUUUAUGUUCGGUCUCAUAUUUACUGUUGGAGCGUACAAGGUAAACGAGUGCAGUAUAACAACUUUCUUCAUCUACAGUUUCUUCCACAUAUUUUUCACAAUUGGAUUAAUAGUUUGGGAAGCCAUUACCGCGGGUUGGAUACAGCUAGGACUUAUAUUCGUUUCUGAUGUGCUCCUGAUUAUUUGUCUAUUCAGCGUCAAGUAUCUGAUGGAAGCAAUUAGAACCGGAAAUAUCUACACUCGUCCUGGAGAAGCGAUAUACAAAUAUAAUACAUGAAAAAGAUUAAAUCCAACCAGAAUCCCAAAAAUAUCUCGACAAAUAAAACAUUAUUUCGAAAACAUUUUAAUCUACUACAUUUAUAUGUACAUUGAGUAUUGCAAUAAAUAUAAAGACGAAAACCUUGAAUCUCUUAAACUAGUGUUAGAGAAAGAUCUUCCGAUUGAUCCUCUUCUAGUAUACGUUUUAUCCAUUAGCUUUCACUGAUCUGAUCUUGAUCUGUGGGAAGUCUUGGUGACGCGUUAAGAUCCUCAGCCAGCGCAAGCCCAUUUAUCCUGGUAGGGAGAUAAUCAUUUUUUGUGGGGGAAUUGAUGUACCUGACAUAUGAAGAUGAUGAACGAAACAAAACAAGAAAAUUAACGACAAAGUCUAAACCCAUGCUUGAUGAUUAGUAAUGAAAUGGAAAAGGCUUUAGUUGGUCGUCCGUCGUUGGACCAGCAUGUAUUUAAGGAUUUAAUCUCCUAAGCAAUUUUAAUAAUGACAUACUUUCAAAAAGUAAAUGUUGAAUCUCCUUUUUCUUAUUUAUUCCUCCUAUAAGCGCAAAUGCAAAUUUUAAUGACAAGAUUACGUAGCUAAGGUGUUGAAAAAUUUAUCGUAUUAUUUCGUACUUUCCCAAGGAAAAGAAUGAUUAACUGAUUAUAAAAAUAUACUACAUAAAACUUACACAAUUUUAUAUAUUUCAAUUUAUUUUUGAAAUUUUUUGCAAUUUUUGCUUCUAUAAGAAAAUUCUUCAUUAAUACGUAACAUAAACGUAUAAACUCCCUAACGGUUAUGUAAGCAUAACUAAAUUUACAAUGAUGUGUAUUGCAUUCUAAGAAACACUUCUGUAUAAUUACAGUGAAAACAUUAUUGUGUCGUUGUUAUUACAAUUAACUAGAAAGUAACAUUCAUUACAUGUAAAUUAUGCAGUUUGUUAUAUUAUUUAAUAAAAAAUGUUAAUUAACUU